UGCGUUUUUCCCCUCUUUUUUCUAAAAGUAUUCCGCUCAUUGGAAUCCGCUCAUUACACUCUUUUUUCCAUUUGUCUUCGACUAUUCACUCGUUUAAACUUAGCUUUUCCGACCAUCUGGAAUCUUGAAAUCCGGGAGGAUGCGCUUGCCCACGAAGUUGUCACUACUUCUUCCCCUGCUGAAGGACGGUGACAUAGAGUCUGGCGGAGUUGAGGGGCUUUUAGAGUCAGGGGCAAUUGAAGCUCUGCCAGGCCCCUAUCAGCCUCAGUUCCUAGUCCAGGUGGAGUUGGAAGGACUAAAGAAAGGACGACCAGAGCCUCCAUCAUACUUGUUCCACAAGGGAACUUGCAACGAGUGUCACUUUGCCACGUUCUUCUCGCUGGUUGGUGACCAACUUUUCGCAGAUGGUGAACUGGUCAAAACUAGCGGGGGUUCAAAUUACCAACCGCUCCUCGCGACGCCGGCCGUCAGAGAUAUCCAACAUGGGUUCUCGCUAGAAGAUGGCAUCCUUCAGUGGGAGCAUCCAAGCUUCACUGGAGGAAGGGCCAGCUUUUGCCUAUCGACAUCAAAUACAGUGCUAGCUAUUUUCAAGAACGAAACAAAGCCAGCUGACUGUGCCCCGGCGAAUCUUGUCCAUGUUCCAUAUGCCCAUUGCUUUCCACAGAUCAUGUUAUCACUCCAAGCCGACGAUGCAGGGCCUCCUCGAGGAGCUGUUGGAAAUACUGGCGGUACGAGCGGCCAAGCCGGGACGAAGUGGAUAGAUUCCACGUCAGUUGCCAACGAUCAUUAUGCUCCUUCACGUGCCAGUUGCGGAGGGACUGGCAAGCCGAGUCGUCCAGGCCAACCUGGUCACGAGGGCACCCGGAACUAUCAGAAUAACGGCCAAGGCAUUUCCGGAGAUUCGGACAGUACAUACACUGGUCAAGGUUAUAACCGCAACUACCAGGAUAGCGGCCAAGGUCAUUCCGGAGCCUGGCAUGGUACCACUCAAGACCACAACGGCAACUACCAGAACAACGGCCAAGGCGGCUCCGGAGCCCAGUAUGGUACUACUCAAAGCAACAACCAUAGCUACCAAAAUAGCGGUUCACAUCACACCGGGAAGUUGGGUGUGAUAGAUGUUCUGUUAUCCUAUCUUAAGCAUAAUUGGAGUGGCAAACACAGCAAACAUGGUAAAGACGGCAAAGAUGGAACUGAUGGCGCCCAGGGUCCUCCAGGUCCAUCAGGGCCUGCAGGCCCAGCUGGUAUUGAUGGAGAAGACGGCGAGGCCGGGCCAACAGGGCCUAUGGGCCCAGCUGGAUCAAUAGGCCCUGAGGGCCCGGAAGGCCAAGCUGGUGCUGAUGGACAAGAUGGAGAAGACGGUGAGGCCGGGCCAACAGGGCCUAGGGGCCCAGCUGGAUCAAUCGGCCCUGAAGGCCCGGAAGGCCAAGCUGGUGCUGAUGGACAAGAUGGUACUGAUGGACAAGAUGGUAUUGAUGGACAAGAUGGUACUGAUGGACAAGAUGGUGCUGAUGGACAGGAUGGUGCUGAUGGACAAGAUGGUGCUGAUGGACAAGAUGGUGGUCCUGCAGGUGAAACCGGCGCUCAAGGCCCAAUUGGUCCUCAAGGUCCCGAAGGUCCUGAAGGUGCCGCAGGUCAAGAUGGUGCUCAAGGUCCAGCAGGUGAAACCGGCGCUCAAGGCCCAAUUGGUCCUCAAGGUCCCGAAGGCCCCCCUGGUACAGCGGGCUUUACGGACCAGUACGGCUAUCUGGGCUGCUACAUCGCCGAAAAUGAUGGCAAUUUCGGGCUAGACCCUUUUACCACGCAGCAGAUCCUCACGACCUCUAUUGAUGACUGCGCCGAUCUUUGUGGAAGCCAACCGUCAGGCCGGAGCCUUUACUUUAGUCUGGCUAACAACGCCGACGGCGACUCCAUUUGUACGUGCGGCGACAUCCUUGAGGCUAAUUUCUAUCCGAAUACUGGCCUCUAUUUUCAAUGUAACCAGCUGUGCAACUUCCCGGACAAUCCUGCCGAGGAGCGUUACUGUGGAGGGACAUUUUCUGGGCUUCCUGCUGUUUCGCUCUUUGGUGCCAUUUAAAAUCUAG